AUGGCGCCGCCGCGGUGGAAGUCCUGCGACGGGCGCCGCCGCCGGCUCCUGCUGCUCCUGUGCUGCUGCCUCCUCGCCUUCCCCUGCCACGCUCAACAAGUCACCAACAACAACAUCUCCCACCGCUCCGAUCAAGGUGGCAUCCACUCGUUCGUGGGCACGUACGGGAUCAACUACGGCCGCAUCGCCGACAACCUGCCGCCGCCGGAGGUGGUGGUGCGGCUGCUGAAGCUGGCCAAGAUCCGCAACGUGAAGAUCUACGACGCCGAGCACAAGGUGCUGGACGCGUUCCGUGGCACGGGGCUCAACCUCGUGGUGGCCAUCCCGAACGAGUUCCUCAAGGACAUGGCCGCCAACCCGGCCAAGGCCAUGGACUGGCUGAACGAGAACGUGCAGCCUUACUACCCGUCCACGCGCAUCGUCGGCAUCACGGUCGGCAACGAGGUGCUGGGCGGGGCGGACACGGGGCUCGCCGAGGCGCUCGUCGGCGCCGUGCUCAACGUUCACGACGCGCUCAGGAUGCUCCGGCUGGACACCAAGAUCGAGCUCUCCACGCCGCACUCGGAGGGCGUCUUCGCCAACUCCUACCCGCCCUCCGCCUGCGUCUUCAAAGACGAGCUCAUGGUGUACCUCCGCCCGCUGCUCGACUUCUUCUCCAAGACCGGCGCGCCCUUCUACGUCAACGCCUACCCGUUCCUCGCCUACAUGAGCGACCCGUCGCACAUCGACAUCAACUACGCGCUCUUCAAGCCCAACGCCGGCAUCGUCGACCCCAAGACCGGCCUGCACUACGACAACAUGUUCGACGCCCAGCUCGACGCCGCCUACUUCGCGCUCGAGGCCGCGGGAUACUCGGGCAUGGAGGUGCGCGUGGCCGAGACCGGGUGGGCGUCCGCCGGCGACGCCACCGAGGCCGGCGCCAACAUGGAGAACGCCGUCACGUACGACCGCAACCUCAGGAAGCGGCUCUUCCUGCGCAAGGGGACGCCCUACAGGCCCGACCGGGUGGCCAAGGCCUACAUCUUCGCGCUCUUCAACGAGAACCUCAAGCCGGGACCCACCUCCGAGCGACACUACGGCCUCUUCAAGCCCGACGGCAGCGUCUCCAUUAACAUCGGCCUCAAGGGGCUCCUGCCGUCGUCCGCGCCGCCGCAUCCUCUCCUGCCCUUCAAGGUACAACAUGCUCUUGGUUCUUUCUUGGUUCCUCUCACCUUUGCCAUCCACAACCUGGAGGGCUGGCACUAUCAUCCAACACCAAGCAUAGUGUAUUGGGGUGUGUAG